CCGGUCACACAACAAAUCAGGGUAUCAAGCGUUGAAGGGCCCGAAAUGCUAGUUUUUCACUCUCUCUGCUCUGACUCUGAACUGUCAUUGAGAUGCUUGUGGAUAUAGCCAGAGAAGAGCUCUUCAUUCUGCUGCUUUCCCUCCAUUUCUUGUUUGCUAACCAACAACCAUGUCUAGCCUUACACCUGCCACUUUAGCUCUUCCUCCCAACCCAAAAUCAUACUCUGCUUGGCACAACUCUCUGUUAGCCGCGCUCGCUUCCUCCACAACUCUUACACAUCUUAAACAAAUUCAUGCUCAAAUCCUUAAGUCUGGAUUUGAUCGCCCAAACUCCCUCCUUCUCAAGCUUGUCCUUUCCUCUUGUGCCCUGUCCUCCUCCGGCCUCGACUAUGCCCUCUCUGUCUUCUGCCAAAUUCAAAACCCAGAGACCCGUUUCCGUAACAGAGUUUUGCGUGAAUUUUCUCGCGGUUCCAAGCCUGAGAAGACCCUUUUGUUGUAUGAGAAGAUGAGGAGAGAUGGGUCGAAUUUAGACAGGUUUAGCUUUCCACCAUUGUUGAAAGGGAUUUCCAAAGCUUCUGCCUUGAAUGAGGGAUUAGAGAUUCAUGGGCUGGCGUCAAAGAUGGGUUUUGAUUCUGAUCCCUUUAUUCAGACAGGGUUAAUUGGAAUGUAUGCUGCAUGUGGGCGGAUUACAGAUGCACGUUUGCUGUUUGAUAAAAUGUCUCACCGGGAUGUUGUUACGUGGAAUAUUAUGAUAGACGGGUAUUGUCAGAGUGGUCUUUUUGAUAAUGUAUUAGAGCUCUAUGAAGACAUGAAAAGCUCUGGUAUGGAGCCAGAUGAGAUAAUUCUUUGCAGUAUACUCUCUGCUUGUGGUCAUGCUGGAAAUCUGAGCUAUGGCAAAACAAUCCAUGAGUUCAUAAGGGAUAAUCAUCUUGUUGUUGACUCUUAUUUACAGAGUGCACUUAUCAGCAUGUAUGCAAAUUGUCGUGCAAUGGAUUUGGCUCAGCAACUCUAUGAUAAACUCUCAUCAAAACACUUGGUUGUUUCAACUGCAAUGGUUUCGGGUUAUGCAAAACAUGGAAUGGUUAAAGAGGCUCGCAUGAUAUUUGACCAAAUGAUUGAAAAGGACUUGGUGUGUUGGAGUGCAAUGAUAUCUGGUUAUGCUGAGAGCGAUCAGCCUCAAGAGGCUCUUAACUUGUUCAAUGAAAUGCAACAACGGGGAAUCAUACCUGAUCAGAUCACAAUGCUGAGUGUCAUUUCUGCAUGUGCUCAUCUUGGUGCGCUGGAUCAAGCUAAAUGGAUUCACUUGUAUGCAGGUAAGAAUGGGUUUGGAAAAGCUCCAUCAGUUAAUAACGCAUUGAUUGAUAUGUAUGCCAAAUGUGGGAGCUUGCUUGGAGCAAGAGAGAUAUUCGAGAAUAUGCCGAGAAAAAAUGUGAUAUCUUUUUCCACUAUGAUUAAUGCUUUUGCCAUGCAUGGGGAUGCUAAUAAUGCCUUAAACCUUUUCCACAGAAUGAGCGAAGAAAAUAUUGAGCCCAACUGGGUUACAUUCGUGGGCGUCCUCUAUGCCUGCAGUCAUGCAGGAUUAGUUGAGGAGGGCCGGCAAAUUUUUUCAUCAAUGAUUAAUGAUUAUGGCAUCUCUCCCAAACAUGAGCACUACGGUUGCAUGGUUGAUCUCUAUUGUAGAGCCAAUCUCCUGAGACAGGCUCUUGAGCUGGUUGAGACGAUGCCUUUGGCACCCAAUGUUAUAAUUUGGGGAUCCCUUAUGUCUGCUUGUCAAGUCCACGGUGAGUUUGAAUUAGGAGAGUAUGCUGCCAAACAACUUCUUGAGUUAGAGCCAGAUCAUGAUGGGGCCCUUGUAGUUUUGUCAAAUGUUUAUGCCAAAGAAAGAAGGUGGGAAGAUGUUGGACAGAUCAGGAAACUAAUGAGACAUAAAGGUAUUUCUAAGGAGAAGGGAUGUAGUAGGAUUGAACUGAAUAAUGAGGUGCAUGAGUUCUUAAUGGCGGAUAGAUAUCAUAAACAAGCAGAUAAAAUAUAUGAGAAGCUAGAUGAGGUAGUGAGCCAACUAAAGGUGGCUGGCUACACACCAAGUGCAUCAGGCAUUUUAAUGGACAUAGAAGAGGAAGAAAAGAAAGAAGUAGUACUAUGGCAUAGUGAAAAGUUAGCACUUUGCUAUGGGCUAAUUAGUGGGAGAAAGGAGCCAUGUAUUCGUAUAGUUAAGAAUCUUAGAAUAUGCGAGGAUUGCCAUACCUUUAUGAAGUUGGUUUCAAAGGUAUAUCAGAUAGAGAUUGUUGUGAGAGAUAGGACUAGAUUUCACCAUUGUAAAGGGGGUGUUUGUUCCUGUAAAGAUUAUUGGUGACUUAUUUCUAGUAGUAAACUGAAUGAAUUAUACAGUUAGUUCUUAAAUUUAAUAGCAAA